CCUCACACACAUUUAUACCAUUUAACCAGAGGAGCGGACACACCUCUUUAGAGACAACUCUUCAGAUCAAGACACAACACAGACCGACAGCUCUGGAGAUUAGUGGAUACAUUUUAAAUUCAGACCCACCAACAGAAAAGGAUGUCCUUACAUGGCAGCUUUCUGUCCGAUGAGCAGUUCCAGUGCUCCAUCUGCCUCGAUGUGUUCGUUAAUCCUUCAUCCACACCAUGCGGCCACAGCUUCUGCAUGGCAUGCAUCAGCAGAUACUGGGAUGGCUCUAAGGUUUGCCAGUGUCCACUGUGUAAGAAGACUUUCCAGAAGCGGCCUGACCUCCAGAUCAACAGGACUCUGCGAGAGAUCACCGAGCAGUUCAAAUCCAUGAAAGGAAGCGGAGGAACGGGAAGGGAGAAAAGGUAUAGAGGAGGUGACGUUACCAGAAUACCAGAAACCUUUCUCUUUCAUGGAUUAAAGAAGAAGCUGCCUCGACCUCUGCCAAAAGUGCCUGCGAGACGGACUAAUGAGCCCCAAGCUGACUUGAUCUUGAUGGCUACUUCAGUACCAAACCCCAGCCCAGUACCGAACCCCCCGUCUGGACCCCCUCCCCCACCUCCAGGUUACGGUCACUCAAGCGGCCGGAGAAGGUUCACGGUGACAGGGGCUGCGAGCGGUGAAAGUAUUCCUAUCUGCGAGAUCCAUCACAGAGGAAUAAUGAUCUACUGUAGGACUGACGGAGUGUGUAUCUGUCCUAAUUGUGAGACUGAGGAACAUCAGGAUCACGACACAGUGACUGUAGAAGACGAAUGGCUAGAAACCAAGGCUCAGCUAAGUGUGUCGGAGCAGGAGAUCCGGGAUAUGAUCAGACAGAGAAUCAGGAAGAUCGAGGGGAUCAAAAAGUCAGUGGCUGAAGUGGAGUUGGCAGUUGAAGGAGACACGACGGGCAGUGUCUGCCUUUUUUCUUUGCUUGUGUCCGCCAUCCAGCGCUCCCAGGCGGAGCUGAUGGAGGUGAUGGAGUUGAGCCGGAGGGCCGCUGAGCACCAGGCCGAGGUGAUGAUACGACAACUGGAGCUGGAGGUGAAAGAACUGCGAAGCAGAGAAAAGGCCCUCGCUGAGCUCGCCCAGUUAGAUGAUGCCUUACAGGGUGUUAAGGCAUUCCCGGUCCUCUUGGAUCCUCCACCUACCAAAGACUGGUCUGAGGUUUCAGUGAACACUGACUUAGGAACCGGAACCAUUUAUAGAUCUCUGGCAGCUCAGGUGGAGAGUUUCCUGAAAGAGCUGAAGAAGGCUGCAGAAACAGGUUUUCCAGCCCCAGUCCCGGAACCCAGUCCAGUUCGAACACAGCCCAGGGUAAGAAGGGUUCAGGAGUAUGCAGUGGACGUGACCCUGGACGAUAACACUUCCCAUCCCAGACUGAUUCUGUCGGGGGACAUGAAGAGUGUGAGGUGUGGAGAUCGACACCAGCUGCUUCCAGAUAACCCGGAGAGGUUUGACAGAGUCGUCUGCGUCCUGGGGAGGCCGAUGAUCUCCUCUGGGAGACACUACUGGGAGGUGGAGGUCGGCGGGAAGACGGACUGGGAUCUAGGCGUGGCCAAACAAUCGAUCAACAGGAAGGGGAAGGUUGAAGUCACCCCAAGCAACGGAUACUGGUUCCUCAGCCUGAGAGACAAGAGUAAGUACGCCUUCCGCACUGAACCCUCCACAGACGUCCAAAUGAACCUGCAACCGCAGAAGAUCGGGGUAUUUGUGGACUACGAGAAAGGACAGGUGUCUUUCUACAAUGUUGACUCCAAACUCCACAUCUACACGUUCAACGACACUUUCAGCGACAGCAUCUUCCCGUUCUUCAGCCCCUGUACGAAUAAAUCUGGAAAGAACGAAGGGCCGCUGAUUAUUACGCGAGUAACCCUUACAGAAUGAAAAAAGAUAACCGAGUGACUUUUUAGUUUAUUCCUUUUUUUAAACUUUCCUACGAUUACUCUGUAAAAACAUAAAACGAUCUUUUCAUUAUUUUUUUUUUAUGAAUACUUGUGGUAGCCUUCUUAAAUCCCUCUGUUGCCAGAUGUUGAUGAAUGACUGUGAAGAUUUAAGCAAUACAACCAAGACUUAUUAAUGUGGUAUUGUAAAUGAUUUAAUAAAACAAUCAUAUUUUCU